AUGGUAUUCAAUAGUCAACGGAGAGAGUCUGAGAGUAGUGGUGGUAGUAUAAAGAGGCUGUCAUUGAAUACUAUAGAUUCAAGUGUCACAAGAUUGCUUGUUUCUACCAAACAUUUACUUGAAAGUUUAACACAAUGGGCAAGACAGGAAGCUGAUGAUAAGUAUGUGUCUGAUGCAUACGUUAAAUUGGGUAAUGACUUUAGAGCAGCUGUCAGAGCAUUCAAUAAUAGUGGCAUUGAUAUAUCUGACAUCGGCGAUGUUCCUCAAGCUUUGAGAAUUAUUUUGGAGGCUGCAUUGAGCGAAGAACCUUCCCAAGAGAAUCUAGAUCGAUUUUUGCCGAACAUAAGAAAUAUUAUAGUCACGUUAUUACAGAACUUGAAAGCUAAGCAGGCGAAAGCAAAGGCAAUGUCACAGGAAAUUCAAAUGUCGGAACUGGCAUCAAAUAAAAUGAAGGAGUCUCCAAAAGUGACAAGGAUUUUGUCAACAGAAGCAAAAGAUUCAAUGGAGAGCAAAACCCCACGAAAUGACGCAUUAUCCCAACUUCAAAAAGGUGACGCUCUUCAACGACGUGCAUCCAAGAGAUUUAGUGCUUACCAAUAUGCAAAGCUUACCAAUUCUUCAGUUAUGAACAACGCCUUACCGCGUAUUGAUUCUGAAACUUCUACAGUUAGGCAAAGCUUCCUUUCUAAAACAAAUCAGGAUAAUAAAGAUUUAUCUAACAGCAUAGGAUCAAAACCAAGUGGAGAAUCAUGCAUCUUUUUAAAGUUGAAUAAUAAAACAAGAAGAGCCAAUGUUAAAUUCCCAAUUUCUCUACCUGCAAUAAGGCUUCUAUUUGUUGAGAAGUUUGCAUAUUCUCCAGGAAGCACCUCCUUUCCCGAUGUUUAUAUUCAAGAUCCUAAUAGUGGAGUGACAUAUGAACUUGAAGAAUAUAUGUUAGAAGAUCUAAAGUCUGGCACACUCUUGUGUUUGAAUGAGCCAAGCUCCGAAUCAAAGCUGACAAAUGAUCUUGUUUUGAAAAUUGAACAAUUGUCUAAGAGAAUUGACCUGAUUUCUGUGGAAGUUGUUUCAGAAAUGAAGGAAUCCAUAUCUGCAAUGCGAACAACUAGUUCAAUGAGUUCACCUACAAACGUAGUUGGAGCCAAUCUUAGACCCAAAUCUUCAAGUGGCAUUAAGGACCUACAGAGUAUUGACAAAGAUUUGAGAGCAAUUCGCCAAUCUCAUACCAUAUUUCACGCUAAUAUUAAAGAAGUCAUACAGGAGAUGGGGGCUCAGCUCGUUAACUUUCAAGAACGUGGCCUUGACAUUUCAAAGGAUUCUAACAGAGCAUAUAUGGAAUCAUGUCACUCCAAGUUAUCUGAAGACUCCGAUCUUUUACUUACGAAGGUAGAUGAUUUGCAGGAUAUCAUGGAAGAAUUGAGAAAAGAUGUCGCCCAAAGAGGCGUAAGGGUUGGAGAGAAGCAACUAAAACAUACUUCUAAAGAAAUAGAAGCCGUGAAAUUGGCUCGCGAGAAUAUGGCUAGUUAUAUCGAGAAAGAGAAAGCUGUUUGGAAAAAGAUUUGGGAAGCCGAGUUGGAUAAGGUUUGUGAGGAACAGCAGUUCUUUAAUUUGCAGGACGAUUUGACUAGAGACUUGGAAGAGGACAUCAAAAAGAUUGAGGAGACUUUUACCUUGAUAGAUCAAUGUUCCUCCGAGCAAAAUAAAAAUGCAAGCUCGAAAAGGAACAAGGUGAUUGCGAACUUGCAUAUUCCUGAACCUGGUGAAAGCUUGCAUGAUUUGAAGGGUGCUGUAUUGAAUCAGGUUGCAGCGCUUCAACCAGAUCAUGAGAGGAGAUUGGAAGCAAUUGAGCGAGCUGAAAAGAUAAGGGAAAAGGAAAGGCAAAUGAUGAAUGUUAGUCAAUUUCAAGAAGAGUUGGGAGAUUUCGUGGAGGAUAAUAAGCUUAAGAAGUCUGGCGGUAUAAUGGAGGUUGAGAGGCAAAGAAUGGAGAAAGAUCAAGAGAAUCUUAAAAGCUCUUUUGGUGUUAUUUAA